CGUUCCUAAAAUAAAAAUGGGACAAUUAUUACAUCUUCUUUGUGACAUUCUUAAAUGGUAGUCGUUUACAUACAUUAAAUCCAAAAAAAAACCCCCUCAAUUCUGGUGCGAUUCUUCCCCAAAAGCGAGAGCUCAGUCUAUCAAUUUGCAGUAAAGCCGAAGCGGCAGUGAGAGAGAGAGAGAGAGCGUGGGAGAGGUCGAAGAGAGAUAAGCCAUGUCAGAUCCCUCCUCCUCCCCGCCACAACAAGACCCCCUUCAAUCCGACGCCGUUUCUGGAGCAUUGUCCUCGCCUCUCAACGAGGAAACCCCAAUCCUCCUGCCCGACCCGGAAACCGCCCCUCCGGCGGCGGCCAUCCCCGAUCCGACGGAGGACAACAGCCCCGGAGAAGAGGACGACGACGACGAAGAGGGAGAAGAAGCCGACGAGGAAGCCUCUGCUGUUCCGUCAGCCAUGGAUCUCCGCAUUGAGCCGCCAAUCACGGACCCCCACGUCACCCUCGCGUCGCCCACCUCCCGGCGGGGAGGCAGCAAGCGGAAGAAGGGUAAGGGCAAAGGUAAGGCCAAGCCCAACUCUAAGAGAAUGCAAGCGAUUAAUGAAAAGUUGCAAAAUUUGAGGUCGAAUUUGAAUCCCGUCCCUUUUAUACCUCACAAAAUUCUCGAUUUCGUCAACCACGAGAAGCUUCUCAAGAAGCUAGGGUUGUGGGAGUUUGUCCACAUCGAUUUUGAUAGGAAUAUUAGGGUUGACUUAAUUGCGGAGCUGGUCGCUAAUUACAACCCUAAAUUGCGGAAGAGUUAUGUCAAUGAGUUUACUGUGAAGGUGAAUAGGGCGGACUUAGCUCGGGCGUUGAACUUGAAGCUGUGGAAGAAGGAGAAGGGCGGCAAUGCGGGUGGGGGGGUGGAGGUGGACUUGGAUUGCGAGGUUUUGUCCGAUGAUUUGAUAGGGUUUAUUGUGGGGUUUGUUUCCGAUUGGGUGCUUUUACAUGAGGAUACGUGGAUGAUGCCGAAUGAGGUGAUGGAUUGGAUGAAAAUGAUCAAGGAAGGGCACCCGGAGAAGGUGGAUUGGGCAGCGCUGAUCUGGUUCAUGGUGGAGAAGGAGUUGAAGCAAGGGGGUCAGUUGAGAAAUUGCUUCUACGCUUCGCAUCUGCAGCACUUGAUCAAGUGUCAGCGACCCGAGAUGUUCUUGAUGGGGGAUCCCGUGGAUGGUGAAGUGGAAUGUACUGAAGAGGCUAAGGUAGUGGGAGAUGGAGAUGGAGAUGGUGAGGAGAAUGUCAAGGAGAGUGAUGUAGUUGAGAGUCUCGGAGAGGGGAGGGCCGGGGUUGAUGUAGUUGAGAGUCUCGGAGAGGGGAGGGCCGGGGUUGAUGUAGUUGAGAGUCUCGGAGAGGGGAGGGCCGGGGUUGAUGUAGUUGAGAGUCUCGUAGAGGGGAGGGCGGGGGUUGAUGUAGUUGAGAGUCUCGUAGAGGGGCCGAGCACUGAGCUGACGCUUGGUGGUGAGAAGGAGGAAGAAGAAGUGAAGGAAGUGGAAAUGGUGGAUGCUGAGAACUGUGAUGAGGAGGAGGGGGCAGGAGAUGUGCAAGAGCAAGAGCAUGAGCAUGAGCAUGAGCAAGGGCUGUGGCGCUGUGGGAAGAACAAUCUGAAUGAGCAUUUCUUGCAGCGCUGUGGCGCAGAAAACACUGAGGAAUUUAUUAACUUUGAUCAUAGGAAAGAGGAGGAAGCAGAGCAGUUGGGUGGGGAGGAAGAUGGGGAGGAAGAAGAUGAGGAGGAAGCAGGGGAUGAUUUUGGUGUUUUCCCUAAUGAUGCUCUAGAAGAAGGGGAUGGUUUUACUGGGAACUAUCUUCAAACAAUCGAGGCGAACCAAAUAGGCUUUGCUUCGCAGGAGCAACUCCCCAAUGCAUCCUCAGUGGAUGAUGCUAGGGCUGAUGUGCAGCACAUUGCCUCCACGCCGUCUUUCUUCAACAAUCUGGGCAAGAGGGUGAUCGAGCACGACUACCACCAUCAAGGAGUUAACGACAGCAGCAAGAGAUUGAGGAUCAACGAGACAUGGGACAACAAGCCAGUAGAUUUCGGAACGUGCAUGGAGCAGAUUGAACAAAUGGUCCAGAGAGCUAGGAUGUUACACGAGGAGAGGGAGCAGGCUGCAGAGCAGUCCGGGAUGAACCAGCAGAUCCUGCUCAACGAGCUGCAGAAACGUGAUGCUGUGAUCGAGCACUUGCACAAGGCCAGAUUGGAGGAGACGCAGAAAAAGGAUAUUGAGAUUAACCGUCUUGAGCGUGAGCUGUAUCUGAUAGGGAGCGUGCUGAACGGUUACAGGAAGGCUCUGAAGGAUGUCAAGAAGGCCUUUGCAGAGUAUAAGGAACGGGCGCAGCUUCAUGAGGAGCCGACUUACAAGGAUGCUGGACCCGGGGGCCUGAUGCUGACCGCUGCAGAGAUAGAGAGGCGUCGAAGGAAAAGUGAGGAGGAAUACAGGAUGAAUUGCUUGAUUCUUGAACAGAAGAUGAGGGAAGUGGAGGAGGAAUACAAUGGCCGGUUUGAUGGAUUUGUUGACAAGAUCAAUCUUUUUGAUACGAGGUUGAUGGGUCUUGAGGCUGAUGCUAAAAAGCUUAUUGCUUCGUAUUCGAAGAAAAGAAUCGCAGAAACUGAAGAUGAAGAGCAUGAAGUUGCUGAAGCUCUACCAGUUCCAGAACUCAAUGGACCUGCUGAAGAAGUUUCCGAAGCUCUACCGUCUACGGAGGCUGAAGAAGAAAUGGCUGAAGCUGCAGAAGAUGAUCUUGCGAUUCCACAAAGUGAUGGGAAAGUUAUUGAAGCUGAAGAGCCUCUACCAAUUGAGUAAUUGUUUCUUCUUCAUCUUUAAUCUUAGUAGAAAUCUAGGGCAACUUAAUGGGUGUGCUGAUGUAUAUUUCUGAUGUGCACAUUUGUGACUGUGUUUUGACUUUUGAGCUAGGAGGUAUGAUGCUUUAGAGGUUUAUUAAAAAAAAAAAAAAAUCAUGAUGGA